AGAAUACGUAAUGCUUCGGUAUUAACCUCAUUCCUCUUCCCACGUAUACCGAGCGAUGUGCGGUAAUUGUGUUGGUGUUGUUGCAUGCUGCAACCGGAUGCCAAUAAGAUACUGGCAGUAUUAUGCUGCUCAAUAAGUGUAACAUUAUCAGCAAUAGCUCCUGGACAGAACGCAUACCUGCCACCAAAGAACGGAUACGAUUAUGACAAACCAAAAAUACCUUUUCCACCUCAAAAACCAACAUUCCCACCUUUCCAACCUCAAAGACCCACAUCUCCACCCUUCCAACCUCAGCGACCAACUUCACCACCGUUCCAACCUCAGAGACCCACUUCACCUCCAUUCCAACCUCAGAGACCAACUUCACCACCGUUCCAACCCCAGAGACCCACUUCACCACCCUUCCAACCUCAGAGACCAACUUCACCACCGUUCCAACCUCAGAGACCAACUUCACCUCCAUUCCAACCGCAAAGACCAACUUCACCACCCUUCCAACCUCAGAGACCAACUUCACCACCAUUUCAACCUCAGAGACCCACUUCACCGCCAUUCCAACCUCAGAGACCCACUUCACCUCCAUUCCAACCUCAAAGACCCACUAGUCCACCUUAUCGUCCACCCUCAACAACUCCACCAGGGUAUUUGCCACCAGUAUCAGUACCAACUGCAACCCCCUUCAGACCUAGACCAGGGCCAUUCACACCAAGUGUAUCACCAGCCUAUAGACCUUCAACAACGUACGGACCACCAACUUCUAGGCCUGGGAUAUCAACUUUCCGACCAGGAAUUCCAGCUUCAACCUAUGGACCUCCUACAACUAGGCCGGGGACCUUCAGACCUACAGGACCUACUUCCAGGCCUUCAGUGCCUACAGGACCACCGAGUCCAGGUUACGGUGAAAACGAUCAUCUCUUGGUGCCACAUAAGCCAGCUGAACCUUUCGACUUCAAAUAUGCCGUUAAAGACGACCAAUACGGAACUGACUUCUCCCACAAUGCUAUCAAUGAUGGCGAUACCACUCAGGGUGAAUACAAGAUUCAGCUUCCAGAUGGAAGGACCCAAAUCGUAAAAUACACUGCGAAUUGGGCAACAGGAUUCCACGCACAGGUUCGUUAUGAGGGAAAUCCUACCGGACCAUAUCCUGGACCAGGACAGCCUUCUAGACCAGCCCCAGGACCUUAUCCAGGACCAGGACAGCCAUCUAGGCCCGCCCCAGGACCUUAUCCAGGACCAGGACAGCCUUCCAGACCUGCUCCUGGACCAUAUCCAGGACCAGGGCAACCAUCUCGACCUGCACCUGGACCAUACCCAGGACCUGGACAACCAUCUCGACCUGCACCUGGACCAUACCCAGGACCUGGACAACCAUCCAGACCAGCACCGGGUCCUUACCCCGGACCUGGACAGCCAUCAAGACCUGCUCCAGGUCCAUAUCCUGGCCCAGGUCAGCCAUCCAGGCCAGCACCCGGGCCAUAUCCAGGACCGGCGCCCUAUCCUGGACCAGGAAAACCAUCCAAGCCUUUCCCUGGACCUAGUCAGCCAUCUAGACCCGCACCUGGGCCAUAUCCAGGACCUGGACAACCGUCGAGACCAUUCCCAGGCCCGAGCCAGCCAUUUAGACCUGGACCUGGACAACCUUCAAGGCCUGCACCAGGUCCAGGGCCAUUCCCAGGCCCAGGACAGCCUUCUAGGCCAGCACCAGGACCAUUCCCUGGCCCAGGACAGCCAUCUAGGCCAUCACCAGGACCAGGAACAUUCCCUGGAUAUCCAUCAGGACGACCAUCUGUACCAUUUCCGACUCCAUCUCCAAGCUUCCCAACAUCAAGGCCCACAACCGGACAACAAUAUGAUAAAAACGGCGGAUAUAAAUACUAGGAAAAUCUUAUUUAAUUGAAUGAAAAUUCAGAAAGAACGAAUGUGAUGAAGAAUCAAUUUGAACUAAUACAGUAGAUUUAUUGGAUCUACUUUGGGAAUAUGCCAGUUCCUAUCUGUUUCGGGUAAUCGAUAUACAGUGACGUGUUUAAACAGGAUCUAAAAGAAAAUGAUUGUUUAUACCUAAUGUUGGUUCGAUAAUUCAAAUUAUUACGUUGUGUCCAUAUAGAAAUUCAUCACAGCAGUAAGAAUGUAUAUUCAGUAUUAAAUAAAUUAAUAAAUAUA